AUGCUUCUGUCUUCAAGCAAAAACCUCACCAGAAUGAGCAUACUGGCUUUAUCCCUCGGCAUUGGUUCCAGUGCUCUAUGGGAUUGUCGUACGGACCAGCACGUCUUCCCUCUCGACAGCAACAAGUUCCUCGUGCACUUUACUUCGUACCGAGAUAGUAACUACGACGGCAAUCAGCCUUGGAUUCGCAUCUGCCUUCCAAACGAUGACGGUACCUGGUCUAAUGUUGAUCCUCUCGAGUUGAACUGUGCCCCGAAAGGCGACACCUUCUCUCCCGAUAAAACUCACCUAGGUGCUGAUAUUCGAAUUGUUGGAGGUGGUGGUUGCUCUGGUGGGGAGCAUGGAGGGUUGGAUGGUGCAUCUAUCAAUUAUAAAGAUCAGAGUAUCAAUCUGCAGUAUGGUGGUGAUGCGUCGGCACUCCCAAAUGAUAAUGCAGGAGAGUUCGGUCAAAGUUCAGCGCCCGACCAAGUGAACCCCGCAACGGACGAGCUGCCAUCGAUCGAAGUCCAACGCAAGGUUGAGAACCACACAGUGUUUGAUCGCACGGGAAAAGCAGUCCCAUUCCAGAGCAUCUACAACGGACCCGACGUGGCUCGCCGUGUGCUAGUAAUCUUUGUUCGGCAUUUCUUCUGUGGGAGCUGCCAAGAAUUUCUUCGCGCCUUGUCGAAAGCUGUAACGCCUGAAUCACUGUCGCAUCUGUCAGUCAGCACAUCCAUCGUCAUUAUCGGAUGCGGCGACCCUGGCUUGAUUGACAGCUAUGCCACGGAAACUGGAUGUCCUUUCCCUAUGUUUUCCGAUCCGACACGGAAGCUAUUUGAUGAUCUGGAAUUAGUCACUUCUUUGGCUCUCGGACCGCGUCCAGAGUACAUUCGCAAGAACAUGGUGCAGAUUGUUGUCGAGUCAAUGAUGCAGGGCAUGAAGCAUGUUUUUAGUGGACUCGCCACGAAGGGAGGCGAUCCCAGGCAGAUUGGUGGAGAGUUUCUCUUCGAAGUCAAAGGCGACGGAGCUACGAAAGAGGUAACCUGGUGUCAUCGGAUGACGACUACGCGAGACCACACUGAAAUAUCAGAGCUCCUGCGGAUUAUUGAUUUAGAUAGACAAGGUCAGGACAAGGCCUAG